CGAUUACGAACACAGAUUAGUUAUAUGUCUGACUGUUAGGAAGGGUUGAAUGUUUGUAGUGGGGGAGUGGAAGUUGUAGGUUCUUUUGUUAAUGCAAUUUACUAGUAACUUAUUUAAUGAAAGUGAAGUGGCUUUAUUUGUUUCUCAUUUUCGAAUGUUCACAUCUGUAAACUAAAAGUUGCAUAAGCGUACUUCACAGUAAUUGUAAAAGGGAAGCAUUUUGAGGAUUACAAAAUGGCUGCAAGUGAUUCAUCGGGCGACGAUUCGCUCUACCCAAUUGCAGUUCUGAUAGAUGAAUUAAAGAACGAAGAUGUGCAGCUACGUCUCAACUCCAUAAAAAAACUGUCGACCAUUGCUCUUGCAUUAGGUGUCGAGAGGACACGCAGUGAGCUUAUCCCGUUCCUCACUGAAACUAUUUAUGAUGAGGAUGAAGUCCUUUUGGCACUAGCUGAACAGCUUGGCAGCUUUACGCCCCUUGUUGGUGGCUCAGAUCAUGUACAUUGUUUGUUGCCACCUUUGGAGUCGCUGGCAACCGUCGAAGAGACAGUAGUACGCGACAAAGCAGUCGAUUCCUUGCGAGCGAUUUCUGGUCAACACAGCCCAGGUGAUUUGGAAGCACACUUUGUUCCAUUGGUCCAGCGUCUGGCAUCAGGUGACUGGUUCACCUCGCGGACGUCAGCCUGCGGCCUGUUUAGUGUUUGCUAUCAGCGAGUGGGUGCAGCAGUGAAAUCUGAUCUACGCAAUCAUUUCCGCAACUUGUGCCAAGAUGACACGCCGAUGGUGAGGCGCGCAGCCGCCAGCAAACUUGGCGAAUUUGCGAAAGUAGUCGAAGUAGAGUAUCUCAAAUCAGAUUUGAUCCCCAUGUUCGUGAACCUGGCACAAGACGAACAGGAUUCCGUACGACUGCUUGCCGUGGAGGCUUGCGUCAGCAUUGCCACUCUGUUGCAGCAGGAAGAUGUCGAACAGUUGGUAAUGCCCACGUUGCGGCAGUGUGCUGGGGACACUUCAUGGCGUGUGCGCUAUAUGGUCGCUGACAAGUUUACUGAGCUUCAGAAGGCUGUGGGACAAGAAAUCACAAAAUCAGACCUGGUACCAGCAUUCCAGUCACUGUUAAAGGACACGGAGGCAGAAGUGCGUGCCGCGGCAGCGCACAAGGUGCGCGACUUCUGCCAGAACUUGGACUCGUAUCAGCAAGAGUCGAUCAUCAUGACGAACAUCCUCCCGUUCGUAAAGGAACUGGUCGCCGACCCCAAUCAGCACGUCAAGUCGGCGCUGGCUUCGGUCAUAAUGGGCCUCAGCCCCAUACUCGGAAAACACAACACGAUCGAGCACUUGCUGCCCCUCUUUUUGUCGCAGCUGAAGGAUGAGUGCCCUGAAGUGCGGUUGAACAUCAUUUCCAAUCUUGACUGCGUGAAUGAAGUAAUCGGAAUUCAGCAGCUCUCGCAGUCACUGUUGCCUGCCAUCGUUGAGCUUGCGGAGGAUUCGAAAUGGCGUGUGCGAUUAGCGAUCAUCGAGUACAUGCCUCUUCUGGCCGGGCAGCUUGGUGUGGAGUUCUUUGAUGAGAAAUUGAACUCGCUUUGCAUGACUUGGCUUGUUGACCAUGUGUACGCUAUUCGCGAAGCUGCCACAUUAAAUUUGAAGAAGUUGGUGGAGAAAUUUGGACCGGAGUGGGCGCAGAAUACGGUGAUUCCAAAAGUUCUGGCCAUGUCUCGCGACCAGAAUUAUCUUCACAGAAUGACAUGCUUGUUUUGCAUUAAUGUUCUCGCUGAAGCUUGUGGGUCAGAAAUUACAGCCAAGUUGAUGUUGCCCACAGUUUUAACCAUGGCAAACGAUAACGUUGCUAACGUACGAUUCAAUGUAGCCAAAACUCUUCAAAAGAUUGGACCUGUAUUGGACACAAGCUGUAUUCAGACGCAAGUUAAGCCGGUGUUGGAUAAACUUAAUGUUGACAGCGAUGUUGACGUAAAAUAUUUUGCGUCUGAAGCCAUUGCAGGAAUUGCAGUAGGUUGAAGAUGUGUGAUUUCCUCCGCACGCCAUAACGGUGCGCCUCGUAAAUGUUUAAAGUGAGAGAGGAAUACGUUCUACUUCUUUUACGUUGUUUUAUUUCGAACAUUUACGCGGUCAACUACAGUCGAUGUGGCAGACAACAGUAUCGUGUCGGUGGAGAUGGUGGCUCUUAAGAUGUUGACAAAAUGUUGGUUAUAACUAUAUAAACAUUUUAAAUUUAAAAGAAAAUCUAUGAUUGUCAUGUGUGAGUUAUAGAAAAUUAACUCGUCAUUUAGCCACUUUUUUUUUUUUCAUUUAUGCUUCGUUUUUCAGGGACGCAUCUGCCUUGUAAAUAGCGAAAGGACUGUAGGGGAGAUAUUUUAGCACAAAUUGGAAUGUGCUUAUUGGGUGCAUUCGGUAACACUGCAUUUUGCGUGCGGAGUGUAUUUAAGGGUUCCUUAUGAUUCUCAGAAUAAACCGUGAUUAUUUCCUAAAAACAGCGUUAGCCAGUUGAUUUUUGUAAUGGAGAUGCCUUGUAUUUUCGUUGAUGUAGGAACUACAUUUUUAAAUAUAAUUUAGAUUAACUUUGACUUCAAAUGUUUUGAGUGUAGGAAAAUAAUUCAACCAGAACUGCUCGUGCACCCAUUCACACACACCCAGUCGUCUGCUUUAGCUUUUGUCAGUGUCUCUUCUUCGCGUACUCGUAAGAGACGCGAAGCGUUACAAUUUUAUAUUUCAUUGUAACCUCUUGACCUUAAAUAGACAAAUGGCUGGUGUAUCAACUGAGACAUUUGUAGAUAUGUGCAUCUGUUGGGCGUCCAUCAUUCCUGCAAAAAAAAUUAAAAUGUCAUCCUCUUGGACUCGAAUUAGCGUCAUGUACAUUUCACCCACUGCUGGACUAUUAUAUCGGUAAGACGCAGCGGCAGUAUUUGUGACAGACUGUUUUUGUGUGAAAAAUGGGCACGAGAGGUUUGUCUUUAAGAGAUUAGCGGUGAUAAUAAAUUUAAAACACUUGGCAGCAGCUUUCUGUCCGCAGAAGAAAUUUCAGUCUUGUUAAAUUAAUUAUCAUCGAAAUUUAUUACUGUUAGUUCCUACAGAAAUGUCAUUGUGAUUGGUUUAACCCUUUGCUUAACCACAACAUGAAAUUAUCCUGGAAUGUGGAGGUAGAGCUCCAUAUAUUCUCAAAACCCUGAAGGUGGUUACAUGCAAAUAAAUUAUUCUUCGCUUUAUGCAGUUGUCAUUUGUGUCUGAAAAUAUAAAAUAAAUGCUUUGGCCCGGAAAUAAACAUGAAGUGGUUUCCUGCAAACUUUGUCAACAUUUUUUUUUAAGUUAAAGUGCCGUCUGCAUUGGCAGUUUGUUCUGCACCUUUAUACUGCCUUAUAGCGCUACGAGCUGUAUGUUUAAUGUUUGCUGUGGGUGAGUACAACAUUGUGGAAAUUUGUAUCUGGAAAACACUGGACUAACGAGGACCAUUAGAAAUGUAAUAAAGUGGAUGGUAGAGUUAGUGAAUUCAUUAUUAUUCCUUUCAUGUUCUUGUUCUAGAAAAUUAAUUGUAUUUUAUAUAAAAUCUAUAAACUGUUUCUUGUUCACUUUAUUUGGUAAUAUUUUGGAAAUGUACUGACGAUUGGACGCGCGUCAGCGAAGUGGAUUUUCGUCUUCUGAGUUGUGACGCCGUGUAGUUUCGUACACGCGCCCAUAGGCAGCUGGUUACAAGAUUACGCAUCGUCACAAUCGAGAAGACAGUCUGUGGUUCUGUUGCCAUUGAAACGUCAGAUUUAAUGCGGUAAUGAAGUAUUCUGUAUUGUGUGGCAACUCUUGGCUUUGCAACUGAAAAACAUGACACUGCUUGUCAUGUGAAAUGUAAUUUGGUAAUGAAAACGAAGUUUGUAUAUGCUCGUACAACAUAAAAUGUUUGCAUUCCAUUAUGCAACAUGUUGAUGUUUUAGAUUUAAAGUAGACCCAAAACACUUAUCAGUUUUCUUAUUUAAAAAGGUGUUAGUGCUUCAGUUAUCACAAAAUGAAACAAAAUAAUGUAUGUUUGUGUAUUACUUCUGAAAUAGAUUUUAUUUAUAUGUAUUCUGAA